AUGUUCACAAGUCAAAAGCUAAACGAAGCAAAUGAAGGUAUCAGCGUGUUCCUUUGUUGGUUUCUGAAAACCAAUACCCCACAGAUCUUCCUGCUGGACGACUGCUGGAAACUCCCAGCAUUCAUUGCGGAACAUCAGCAAGAUCUCACCGCUGAAUAUGUACACCUCUCUGCAUCUCAAAAGGAACAACUCAGGCACCAUGUCCUCAAUUUACGCAAGAACCGCAUCAAAAUUGUGCGUUCAAAUCCAAAGGCAUUACAAAAACAAGUCAAUGCAAUGUUUGAGAGCAUGGAACAAGAAUGGCAAAAUAUCACGGCUAGAACAGGAGUCGAGGGUUUCUACGUUGCCGUUUGUGGGGACGUUGAGCACUUUCACGAGUCGAAUAUUUUUUACACACCUAAGGCGAAGUCUUUCAUCAAGGAAAUCACCCAUCUAGACCCAAAGCGCUUUGCACUGAAGUUUGAAUCAUGGGUAAUGGGGAACUUUGGUAAGCGUUCUAUGUCAAACCAAUAUUCAAGAGGGUCUCAGUGCCAAGAUGCGAUCAACACAAAAAACAACCUGUUGAAGAAGAAGAUCAAUAUGAACUAUGAUAACUACGAGAACAAAAUUGUCGAGAAGCACAGGAUCAUUCUUGAAGGGUGGACAUACAGACAAGUUCAAAAUCCUGGAAAGAUUGGGCACCGUGAAGAUCUAGUGACUCUCCUUAACGCGUUGGUGAAUGGCCGCUGUGUGUGGGUUAAACUGAGUGAACAAAAUUUGGAGCAGCGCAUGGAAAGCAACCGUGAGCGUGCCAAGAAUGGCGAGUCCAUCUACAAGCCUCGCAAGACCAUGAAAAAGAAUCCACCUGGUGCUGCUAAAAGUGCAGCAGUGAUUGAGGAUAGCGAUGUGUCCCAGGACGAGAGUGAGGAGGAAGUUGAGGGUGAGAUGCAGUCGGUGCAGGACCAUGGUGCAGCGGUCGAGGAGUAG